AAAUCAUAUCAAUGGCUUAAUUUCGAGCACUAACAAUAAAAAGAAAGUGUAAAAAUAUUGAGAGGUGGUCUGUGCGUUUUGUCAUUACAGUAUUCUCAGUUGUUCAAUGUCGAAUUUUCUUUGCAGCUAUUAUGGAAACAUGAAGAUUGAAAUUAAUUUGACUUAAUCGUCUACAACACUUUUUUUUGUAAAGGCACGAGGGACAGGAGCACCAGCAACCAGUUCAUGAUAUAGUUAGAUAGUAGAUGGAGAGAGAACAGAUAAAUUCUGGUUAUAGCAGAGAAAAUUAAAUUCCACAAUAUCCCACCUUGGAAUUAAUCUCCCAGCACAUAGACCAUAUUUUAGUCAUCAACUGAUCGGACAUGGUUCACACAUAUAAUUAAAAUUGUCAAUGUUUCCUGAUAUGUUAAGAAUAAAAUCUAAUGUGGGUCUCAAUGAAAAUGACAUAUUGUAUAUGUGCUUUAUUGUUCCUGGAGUUAUGUCGUCAAGUGCGUGGUGUAAAUUCCUCUAGAUUCAUAAGGAAAUCUUGAGAUAAAUUUGAUGUGGUUCCUUAGAUAGAGAAUGUUUUCAUUUCAGGGUGUUUAUGAACCAAACAUUCGCAUGACAGCAGUUGUGUGUAGUGAGAAUCUGUUUAUUUUCAGAUUUAGUACCAAAUAUUAGCAACUUGAAUAAGGCUCGUAAAUUGUUCAGGUUUAAAUUCUUGAUUGAAUUCAUAAUAUCUGUGGCUUCUAGGUCACUGCUUAUGUAUAUACACACAUACACUGUAAACAGAUAUUACAGCUCAACACAUGCCUUCAGUUUACUUAUGAUACUUUGCUCUAAUAACAGAGUAAUGGAGGGAGAAAAGCCACGAUGCUUUGGAAGAUCCAGAGGGAGAGUUAAUAGAGAAACUCCCACAACUGUAGACAUUACCCAAUUGGAGGAUUCUGCUCAAGAACUUGUGCCUCUUAUGAGAGCCAGAGGGAGAUCUAAAUGUUCAACAACUCUGCCUCCCACCUUUCAUGCCUGUCGGCCUGGUGAGCAAGCAUGGGGUGUGCAUUCAUCCAUAAGGGAUGGGGUAAGGCGCGGUGCUGGAGCCACCGGAAUUGCCAGUGACUCAGUGAUUGAGGAGGGAUUGUCUGCACUGGACAUUAAUCCCAUCAACGUUUCUUCUGGAACAAAGACUUUAAAAGAAAGUAUGCUAGAUGACGACAGUUCCAGUGAGCAAGGAAAGGUGCAAAUUAAACCUCUAGGUGCAGUGAAGCGUUCAGUUCUGAGUACUAAGCCAGAGGAUGUGCUUUCUAAGAAAGGUACUACAGGACGUGUUGUAGAGCUCCAAACCAAUUAUUUCCGUCUACCCACUGUGACAAACUGGCAAUUAUAUCAGUAUCGAGUGGACUUCAAACCAGAAGAAGAUUCUAGUGCUGAGAAAAAAAGAAUAGUUCGUGAAUUCAAAGAAAUGCUUGGAGGAUAUUUGUUUGAUGGAACAAUGCUUUACACCCCUCACAAAUACCAGAAAGAUCCCAUGACCUUCUUCUCAACUAGACCCUCUGACAACACCAAAAUAUGUGUCACAGUUCAAACAGUGGGUUUGCUGGCAUUUGGUGAUUACCACUAUGUGCAGUUUUUCAACAUUCUGAUGCGGCACAUCCUAGAGAGUCUGAAGCUUCAGUUAGUUGGUCGCUACUACUAUGAUCCUUCAGCAUGCAUUAAACUAGAUGGGCACCAAUUGGAAGUCUGGCCAGGGUAUGUGACAUCAAUCCGGCAGCAUGAGAAUGAGCUGCUACUUUGUGCUGAGGUAACACACAAAGUGAUGCGGCACGACACUGCAUACAGCCUGCUUGAGAGGUGCUGCAGGUCUGAUUCUGGCAACUUUCAACGACAGUUCAAACAGGAGAUCUUGGGAAGCAUUGUUCUCACUGUCUAUAACAACAAAACAUACCAAGUGGGUGAUGUUGACUUUUCUGUGACUCCUGCAACCAUAUUUAAUUGGAAUGGGGUCAGGACAUCAUAUGCAGAUUACUUCAAUCAGAAAUAUAAGGUGAAAAUAAGAGACCUGUCCCAGCCGAUGUUGGUAUCACUGCGAAAGAAGCGUAAUCUCUUGUCUGGACAAGACUGUCUCAUCUAUCUUGUGCCUGAGCUCUGUUGCAUGACUGGUCUGUCAGAACAGAUGCGGAAAAACUUCUUACUAAUGAGGGACUUGGCUGAUUGUACACGUCUUGUCCCUUCACAACGUAUGGAUCGGCUUCAGCAUUUCAACAGAUGUCUCAAGACCAACAGUAUGAUUGCUGAAGAGCUGAAAAAUUGGAACAUGGAACUGAGUGAAUAUCUUCUGACCCUCUCAGGCCGCAUCUUACCCAGUGAAAAGAUCAUCCUGGGUUCUGAGGUCAGAUGUGGCCCGAGUCAAGCGGGUAACUGGACCAGAGAAUUGUGCUUACAUCCAUUGCUAGUACCACAAGAAAUUGACUCAUGGGCAGUGAUUGUGCCAAACCGCCAGAGGCGUGAUGUGGGAAAAUUUAUAUCAGCACUGAGGGCAGCUGGAUGUAGUAUGGAGUUGCGUUUCUCAGACCCAGCAUACAUGGAAGUUGAUGAUAUUCGCAUUGCCAGCUAUGUGAAAGCCAUAGAUAAUGUGUUGAGAUCUUGCAACCCAAGAUUAAUUUUUGUGGUACUCCCAAGCAGUCGCCUAGAUCUGUACAGUGCCAUCAAGAAGAAGUGCUGUGUGGAGUGCCCUAUACCCACACAGAUGAUUCUUAACAAGAAUCUUACCAGUAGAAACAUUAAGUCUAUUGCAACCAAAGUGGCCAUCCAGAUUAACUGCAAGAUUGGGGGAGCACCCUGGACAGUUGAUACUGUACUUCAGGGUUUGAUGGUAGUAGGGAUGGAUGUAUGUAAUGAUACCACGCAAGGGACGUCAAUUAGUGUACUGGUGGCCUCAUUAAACAAACCAAUGAGUCAAUAUUUCUCAGCAGUGAGCAUCUACCGUACAAGUGAGGAACUCACCAAUAAAUUGUCAGCCAACUUCUGCGGAGCUUUACGUAAAUAUAUAGAACACAACCAGGGAUGCCUUCCACAGAGGAUUGUGAUCUAUCGAGAUGGUGUGGGAGAGGGGCAGAUCCCCUAUGUUUAUGAACAUGAAGUUGGUACACUGAAGAUGAAUCUUGAACAGAUGUAUGGGGGGAAAGUCUACAAGAUGGCGUUCAUCAUUGUGACGAAGCGCAUAAACACAAGACUCUUCUGUGAUGGGAACAACCCACCCCCAGGCACAGUGGUUGAUGAUGUCAUCACCCUCCCUGAACGGUAUGACUUCUUCCUGGUGUCACAGUCCGUACAACAGGGCACUGUGAGCCCAACAUCAUACAAUGUGAUCAGCGACAAUUUACAGCUGGAACCUGACAAGCUUCAGAGACUCACCUACAAGCUGACACAUCUUUACUUCAAUUGGAGUGGAACAGUGAGAGUACCUGCUCCUUGUCAGUAUGCCCACAAAUUGGCAUAUCUGGUGGGCCAGGCCAUUCACAAGACUCCAAGCUCGAAGCUAGAUCAGCUCCUCUAUUUCCUGUAGCACACAGGACACAGGUCUUCACUCAGGACAUGUUCAAAAGUAGCUGAUUAAUUUCUGUAAAGUUUUGCAUUAACCAUUUAAGUGUGAAUUGAAGUUAUAUGUUAGUAAGGAAAUUUGUUGACAAAAUACAACUAAUCUCCACUUUGUAUUUCAUACCAUUGUGUUAAGAUGUUAUUUGUUUCAUUUCAUUGCAUUGAGGUAUUUAUUCUUCAUUUUGUUGUAUUUAUGUAUUUAUUUUUCAUUUCAUUACAUUGACUUAUUUAUUUCAUUCCACUGUGCUGUGUUAUUAGCUGUGUAUCAUAUAAUGAGCCAAGCUCAGUUGUUUUGACCUCAUUAAGUGAUAUUUUUGAGGAAUUUUGUCAGGCUGUGGACAUCUGUCACUUUUAAACCUAAUCUCUUCAGUUUUGUCAGAUGUCAUCUUCUGUUGCGAGAGGUCAAUUCCUUGUUGCCAUAACUCCAGGGACUGAAAUAGUUCUGUCUUCUUUUUGUGCCCUAAUUGUUUUAAGUUCAUUCCAAACAUUGUACCCUUACCUUAUUAUACUUUAGGUGGUUGUUUAGUAGCGAAAUAAACUUUAUGUCUAAUGACACUGACUAAUGUCACCAGCUUUUCACAGCUAAAAAUGUUUGUACAACUUGAAAAACAAAUUCAUUAAUUGCUUGCUUUGUAGUACUGCAUUCCUGAAAGAUGUUCAUUCCUAUCUGUUAUCUUUCCGCAGUUAUUUCCAUAAAGUAUCUGUCCAGUAUCCAGUAUUAGAAUUCUGAACAUGUAUUAUAAUCUUUAUUUAGGGAAUAAACACAUGAAUAUUAGUUGAAUUACUUAAUUGAAGAAAAAGCAAAUGACAGCCAUCAAUGAACCAAGAAAAGAUGGUGAUAUUUUCUGUACAGCCAGCCCUAAUUUUUGAAGAGAGAAUGAAAGUGGGACCAAUUUUGUGUUAACUGCUUAGAGAAUAUUAAUAAUAAAAUGGGUUCCUUGCAUGCUGUCUAAUCAUAUUCCAUGUCUAAUGUAGUUGCUGUAAGCAUAGUUGUUCCACUUCUAUUGAGAUACUUCAUUUGUUUCAUUAAUUUUUAAUUGAAAGUUUUUUUAAUGUUUUCUGAAGUUUGCUGAUAUUUGGAUGUGUGUACAAUGGCCAUAGGGUAUGUUAAAAGUGUUUGAAUGUAAGACAUAUUGUAUUUGCUGUGGAACUUUGCACUAUCAAAUGUAUGCAAUUAAAGAACACUAUUCCCUCAUGGAAGAUGUAAAAAUGUAAAAGCCUUCUUCUCUGCAGCCAGAUUUGAUUAGCUUCAUAUUCUUGUAAUAAAGGUCUUUCUCCUUA